UUUAAUUAAAUGAGAAACAUUUAAUUUCCCUUUCAUUUUUUUCACACUCCAGUCCACCAGGGGGCGGCACUGUUUUCACGUGACUCUCCGUUUCACGUCAGUGUUUACAAGCGAAGCGUGACGUUCACGGAUCCGCAGAAAUCCGUUUUCAACCGUCGCUAAGAUCCUCCAAUCUUUUCAGGAAAAUGCUGCCUCUUAGAGUUUUCCUCAACGAGAGACUUUCCGCGGUGGCGGAGGAGAUUUUAGGAGCCGUGGAGAAGACAAUAACGGUGUACCAGGAGGAGAUUUUACGCUCCAAAGAUUUAGAAAUCAGGCAGCUCAGGAUGCAGCUGAAGCUCCUCCAUUCAGAGCCUAAAUCGGACAAUUAUCUUGAAACCGAGCAGCUGCAUUCUCCUCCCCCUCCUUCUGCUUCUCCUUCUGUCCAGCCCCAUCAAUCACCCCCUGCAGUGGCUGCUGUCCAUGAGGAGGAGCAGCAGCAGGGAGGGGAGGAAGAGGAUGAAGUCUGCUGCGUUGAUCAGGAGCUCCCAGAGACCUCACAGGGCAAAGAGGAGCAGGAGCAGCCGCGGGGAGACGCUCCCAAGCGGCACUUCUGGAUGGUCCACGACCCCGCUGAGAACCAGGACGACCCGGAGUCAGAGGCGCAGGAGUUCAUCUCACCCCACACCGGGCUGCCGAUCUCUCUGCACGAACAGGCGCUGCACUUCCAGCAGUUUCUCAGCAGCAGCAGCAACAACGGCGGGGGGAACAGCAGCGGCGACGAGAGCAGAGACAGGCCCUACAUCUGCUCCGUGUGUGAGAAGCGCUUCACCAACUGCUCCCACCUGGCGGCCCACAUCAGGACGCACACGGGGGAGAGGCCCUACAUGUGUGACAUCUGCAGGAAGACCUUCAUCACGACAAGCGCUCUGAACAGACACCAGACCAUUCACACCGAGGGGAAGCGAUAUAUAUGCGCCUUCUGUGGAAAGUCCUUUAAAUGGAUGGAGUCUCUAGGCAGACAUGUGAGAAGCGUUCACAAGAGUGAUAAUGUGCAAGUAUGAGGUUCGCAUUAAAGCUGCAGUAUGUGACUUUUAUUGAGAAGAACAAUGCUUUUUUUAUGUAUUUGUCAAAACUGACAGUUUGUUACGAGAUCAUCUGUGAAAAGAAAAAUUGAUGGUCUACUUAUCUACUAUUGGUGUCUGACGAAAUGCACCGCCCCCCGACCAAAAACAACAAAUCAGAGCCAGGAGGCGGGCCUUAGCGCUUUCAAACAAUGCUGCUAAAUAUGUCAAAGGAGGAGAAACAGCUUACCUUCACAGAAAAACAUCUGUCCGUGGCUAUGCUAACAAGGCUGAGCAUUCACAACAUGCUAUGCUAGCCGACGUAGCACAAAGCAAUGUGGUAAGGGAGGAUGAGUCACAUGAGAUUGUGAUUGACAGCGCUAAUCCCCGCCUUCUUUCUCUGAUUGGCUGUUUCUAGGUAGUGCUAGGAAGCAGAGGAGCUACAUUUUUCAGAUUAUCUGUCUCAUACCAUUCUAUCACGACAGUGAAAGUUUCAAUAAAUGUGUAACCAAAUAUUUUUUUUUUAUAAAAGUCAUGCAACUUUUAUAAAAGUAUAUCAAUUAUUUUUCAUAUUUAUUAAAACUGUAAUGAUGUCAUGACAGUAUGGUAUCAGACACAUAAUGUGAAGGAUGCUAUUUUUUUUGUCAAGCUGCUCCCAGUCAAAACGACCAAUCAGAGCCAGGAGAAAGGCCUUAGUGCCGUCAAUCACUCUCAUGUACACUCUACAAAAUGUGCUACUGGCAGAACAACAACUCACCAUUACAGAAAAACCGCUAAUCAUUGGUAGCCAUGCUAACUAGCAUUCAUGUCAGGGUUUGUUUUUGUGACGUAGCCAUAGCGUAGCAGAGAGCAAGAGGGACGGUGUAAGCAGCAUGUAUAUGAGCAUGAUUGGUAGCGCUUAGACCUUCCUCCUGGCUCGGAUUGCGCUAUGUAAUUCUGAAGUUAGUACAGGGAGCAACAACAUUACAUUUCUUAUAUUGUCCCAACAUAAUGAUAAUUUCAACAGACGUGUAAAAACAUUUUUAUAUAAAAGUUACAUACUGCACCUUGAAAGGCGUAGUUAUACUUCAAUUACAUGUCUGUAUGAAUUAAUUAUUAACUAAAUAGCUGGUGUUCGGAAUGUUAGUAAAGUGUGAUUUACUGUAUGUAGUACUGAAUCUGCCUGGAUCCCGUCAAGCCUUGUAUAAAUUAAUAAUUGGUAGCAAACUGAUUGUGUAAAAUUAACAUUUUUACGUCAUGUAGGGUCCAUGUAUCAUUUCAGAAUAAAAAUUAAAAGUCAUUCUUCAUCUUUUAUCUCCUUUUCAUGCUGCAGAUUAAAAAGAACAUCCCACGAGGCGCCAGUAGGGGGCAGUAGCAGCUUUUCAUUCAUAAUAUCCUACAAUGAAUCUGAAGAAUUUGGCAGACUUAAUAUAAUCUCAGUCCAAGAGUGUGGAUUUAUUUUCUCAGUGAAAAUGUCAGUGUUCUCAUUCUGCUGCAAAAACCCUCAAAGAUUCCUUCUCUUUGUUUAUGUCACAUUUAAAAAUUUAAAUAGGGAACAUCCAUCAGUUCACUCAUUGUUUUUCUUCAGUGGUAAUAUAAAAGAUAACCUGAAUAAAUGCAAUUUUUAAAUGUAUUAGUGAAAAAAAAAUCUGUGAAAAUGUAAUUAAACCAAAUUGUGAUUAAAUUCAGUAAAAAAAAAACCCCAACAACUUUAAUAUUCACAAAAGAAUAUUAAAUAUUUAAAGUAAAUUAACAACUAUGCACUGUUUAGUGUUGAUUUAUCACUAAAACAAAUAAUAAAUGCAUUUUAUUAUGUUGAUGUGACAAAAUGUGACAAAGUUAAAGUAUUUUGAUCCAAAAUUAAGGAUGUAGUUUAAAUCUGUUGUAACACAAUUCAAACGUCUGUGACUGAAAACUCAAAGUUCAUCCAAAAACAAGCCAGCUGUCCCUGAGUUUCUCCUUUUCUUCCUGGAGAUCUUUCCAUUCAGUCGUUUCCUUUCUGCAUUAAUGAACACCAGCUUCUCUCUCUGAGUGCCAGAGCGGUGCAUCAGAACCCAUCAGUCAUCAGGACAAAUAUGUUUGCUGAAGUAUCUGGAUGCCAGACAAUCUGUGGCAAAGAGAAAUCCAAAAAUUAUUUUUUAAGGGAAAAAAAAUGAUGAAAGCAAAAUAUGUUUUUAAUCUGAUCCUUAGAGGAAAGUUAAAAAGAGAGGAAUGAAUUCAAACUGCUGUGAUGAAGGGAGGCUGAGCGAAAGGUGGAAGAUAAACAAAGCAGAGAGAAAUAAAGAGGGAAAAAUAAAACUGACACAAACAGUGAACAGAAUGUAACACAGGGAGGAAAUUAAAAUAAAACAAAGAACAAAGAAGAAAUGACCAAAACAGAAACAGAAAUAAAUCUCUAACACAUAAAAAUCAUGAUAUGUAUCUAUUUCAGGUUAACAGAGAAACCAGAGAGAAUCCACACAUCCCACAAAGAAUAUGCAAAAUCCUGCAGAAAAAACUCUAGGCUGGGAUUUGAACCUACAACCUUCUAGCUGGAGCGACAAUCCUA